AUGUCCGGCCUACAACGCUUCUUCUCGCAGCCGCUCGACGUGCAAUGGCGCACCGCCGUCCUGCGCCUCCCCCGCGCCGUCCCCGACCUCACCCUCCGCUUCACCUCGCCCGAAGGCCCGCACCCGUUCGUCCUCAAGCUGCCCUCCCGAAACCCGGCCGCCUACACCGUCCCCGUCUACGUCUUCGUCCCCACCUCGCCACCCCCCUCGCCCGCGGGCUACCCGGUAGUCCUCGACUUCCACGGCGGCGGCUUCGUCAUGGGGUCGUGCCUGGAGCAGUCGCCCUUCUGCGCCAAGAUGGCGCGCGACCUGGGCUGCGUCGCCAUCUCGGUCGACUACCGCCUCGGCCCCAUCGACCCGUUCCCGUCCGCCAUCGAGGACGGCGAGGACGUGCUCAGCGCCCUGCUCGACCCGGCCUCGCCCGCUUACAAGGCCCUGCGCGACGGCAUCGCUGCCAACGUGAAACCCCCCGCUCCCGACGCGCCGAGGCCGGAUAUCACACUGGAUACUUCGCGUCUCUGCAUCUCGGGCUUCAGCAGCGGUGGGAACCUCGCUCUGAACCUCGCGUUGUCGCUGCAGCCGGGCCCGGAAGUAGGGGACAAGCCCUGGCCUAGCAGGAUCCCGCCGGAUUUUGCGAGGAGCAUCCCGCUGCUGCUGUAUUACCCGUCGUUUGAUGCACGCCAGCUGCCCUCGGAACGCACGCGUCCGCCUAAGCUGCCCCUCACGAAGAGCUUCUGGGGCGACAGCUUCGACCUCCUGCACCCGACGUACAUCCCGCGCGAUAAGGCGGCACACCCGCGCGCCUCGCCUGGCCUGGCGGAUCUGCGUAAUGGCGGAUUGCAUCCAAAGGCCCGCAUGUACCUCGUGCUGCCUGAGCUGGACUCGUUGGCGGAGCAGAGCGAGGUGUGGGUCAAGAAGGUGGCGGAGGAGGGGAGGGGAGGGGAUCUGAGGGUUGAGCGGUUUGAGGGCAUGAAGCAUGGGUGGACUCAGAUGCCCGUGGGGUGGUUGGAUGAGGCGCAGAAGAGGGCGCGCGAGGUUACGUUUGAGACGGCGGUCGAGUUUGUGAGGGACGCGUGGGAGGAGGGGGAUGUGCCGGCCGGUGUUGGGAGUGUGAGAGUUUGA